GCAUCUUCCGCCGACUCUCUUCGCCGAAAGAAAGCCUCGUCGAACUCCUACCCCCUUCAGCGCCAGACUCGCUCCGCCCGCCUGCUCUGCCUGUGGCGAACGGCUCGUGAGGCUGUCCAACAACCCAUUGACACUGGCCUUUCGCGUUAAAUGACGUGAAUCCGUGCUCUUUAGGGAUCCGCAACCCACGGACUGGUCUUCCACGAGAAACUCGUUCGCUAAACCCCCCGCCUUCGGCCUGAGCACCACCCCUGUUUUCCUCCUCUUUCUUUCUCAACCCUGACCACCUCUCGCUCGACCGAAAACCGCCCUUUCAUCGAGUCGUCGACCUCGACCUCAGACGCAGCUACUAGGACCAGCCCUGAUAUCGGGCCCCCGACGGAUGGAGUAAAGAGGUCAUGGCUCAUGCACCCCUGCUCAGAACCAACACGGCCCCGGUCUUCCAGUCUCAUCCCAACGGAGCGGGCGGUUUACCACAUCAAAGCAUGAGCAGCAGUGCGCCGCGCACUAGCCAGCUGUCUGGAUCAACCGCCUAUGCUGGAUCUUCAACGUCGCUCACCUCACUCAACAGCGACAUGACGGUGGUUGCCAAUGGCCCGGUCGUGGCCACCAGUAACAUCAUCAACCAGAAGGCCGACGCCUCUCGCUCCCUCUACCAGAUAUGCAUCUCCCUCAAGCAGCGCCUGGCCCAGGUGCCGGGCUUCGAGCAGUUCCUGGAGCACCUCGACCCGACAGAUCCAGUCGAUCCCCUCUGGAAUCUCCUGCGCUCUGGCUAUCCGCUGCUGUUAAUCUACAACACAUUGCGGCCGGCUGAACCGCUGGCCGUCGACGACCCCAAUGCCUCCGACGCCAAGAAGUCCAAGAUCGCAAUCUUCAAGUUCGUCCAGGCAUGCAUGAAGGAACUUCAGGUGCCUCCGGCCGACAGUUUUGUCAUAACGGAUUUGAUGGGCACCGACACGAGCGGCUUUGUCAAGGCAAGUAUCCCAUAACUCAUUCCUCCCCUUCACAAGACGAAAGGAGGAGGGGGGGGAAAUGUGCAUUUUUUUUCUGGCACUGGUGGAUGAAUGAAUUUAUUUUGCUAUUUGCUUUUUCUUCGACUGGAAAAAAAAAAUUCU